GAACGACACAUGCCAAGUAUUUCCGUUUCUGCGCAGUAGCUCAUCUUCCUUUAGUUCUGAAGUUGCUUUUCAGCACAACAGACUGCUUAUAUGAAGUCUCCGUCUCCUACAAUAUCGUUGUAAAUUUGGCCAGCUAUGAGUGGAACUAUCGUGGAUUCCGCCGUGUUCCCAAACCAAACAAACACAAUGGCAGCCGACAUCUCCGGACAGAUGUUAGAUCUAGACGAGGACGACGACUUAGAAGUUUUCAGUAAGCAAGCGACUCGCGGGAGUGCCUUCGAGUUUGAGGAGGAAGAGGCGAGUGACUUUAAAGACAUCUUUGUCACCGUGGACAACCCAGAGAGUCAUAUAACUGCCAUUGAGACCUUCAUCACCUAUAGAGUUCUGACCAAAACCACAAGGAGUGAAUUUGACAACUCUGAGUAUGAAGUCCGCAGGCGCUACCAAGACUUCCUCUGGCUUAAAGGGAAACUGGAGGAGGCCCACCCCACUCUCAUCGUUCACCCUUUGCCAGAGAAGUUUGUGGUGAAGGGAAUGGUGGAGAGGUUCAAUGGUGACUUCAUCGAGACCCGGAAGAAUGCUCUGCACAGGUUUCUCAACCGUGUUGCGGAUCACCCCAUUCUGUCCUGCAGCGAAGACUUCAAAGUCUUCCUCACUGCUCAGGUGUGGGAGCUGGCGUCUUAUAAGAAGCAGGGUCCAGGUUUACUGAGCAGGAUGGGCGAAACUGUGCGAGCGGUGGCCAACUCUGUAAGAGGUGUGAAGAACCGACCAGAGGAAUUCACUGCCAUGCAGCUGUAUGUGGAGGCCUUCAGCAACAAGAUCAGCUCCUUGGACAAAGUCACCCAGAGGAUCGUCAAAGAGCAGAAAGAGUACCUGGGGGAGCUCAAGGAGUUCGGCCCCAUCUACACCCUGUGGUCGGGCUCCGAGGAGGAGCUGGUGGGGCCACUGAAAGGAGUGGCGGGCUGCAUAGAGCGGUGCUGUAAGGAGACCGAGGAACAGGUCAAUCAGCUGUCAGACACACUGGUACCCACUCUGCACGAGUAUGUCCUGUGUUCUGAGUCUCUCAAGGCGGUGUUGAGACGGCGGGAUAACAUCCAGGCGGAAUUCGAAGCGAAGAACGAAGCGCUUGCCACCAAGAAAGUUGACCAAGAUGCACUUAAGGAGGAGACAGAUAGACUGGAAGACCGUGUGGAGUGGGCCAACAGUGCUCUGAAGGGGGACUGGGGCCGAUGGCAGAGAUGCAUGAGAGGAGACCUCAAAUCAGCCUUCAUCACCACAGCACAGAAGAACAUAGACUACUACGAAAAGUGUCAGGCAGUGUGGGAGACCUUCCUUCUCUCGCAGAGGAUGGAUGGUAGCGAGGAUGCAGAGAAAGACGACUCCUCCUAAGCCUCAAAAUGCAUCUCUUCCCAGUCCCACAACCCUGCCCAGGGGGACAAACAACCAAAGAGCUCUUCGGACGCAACCCAGAGGAACCCUGGAUUUUAACCUUCCUCAUUCCAGUGAAGCUUCACUUUUAAGUCACUGUAGCACUGACUUUGAUACAUCUCACUGUAUCUGUGAGAGAUCUCUAAAUAUGCAUGAUUAGCCAGCCACUGCCUCAGGGCUCCCAGAUUAAAGCCCUAGAUCCGAUUGUAGAUAUUCUGAAUAAGCUACGAUAAUGGAUCCAACACAGUGCCUUUCAUAGUGGUACAAUGAAAUACUUCAAUUGUUUACCUGUUUUUACAAUACUCCGUAUGGUAUUUUGAUAACAGAAAAAGCUGAAGAGAAUGACAUUUUAUACUAUUGACCUUUUGCUCCAUUUUGUAAAGGAUUACGUUGGUUUUUGAAGAAGUCAUAAUAAAAUAUAUUGAUACAUUAA